AUGCAUCUCCUGAUAGAUUUCAUCCUGCUCUUCUUCAUAGGAAUCCUGGCAGGCAGUGCCGCGACGGACACCAUCUUGCCCGGCCAAGCGCUUGCCGUCAAGGACAAGCUCAUCUCCGAGAACGGCAGGUACGCGCUUGGCUUCUUCAAAACAAGCAGCAAAUCCUCAGAUUGGUACCUUGGCAUAUGGUUCUAUGCAGUCCCCAAAUUUACUUCGGCAUGGGUCGCGAAUAGGGAUAAGCCAAUCAAGGACACAGCCUCCUUGGAGCUCACAAUCUCCCCGGAUGGCAACCUUGUAAUCUUGGACAAGUCCAGCGAAUGUAUAAUCUGGUCAACACAAGCAAACAUCACAGGAAAUAACACCACUGUUGUGCUGUUGAGUAGUGGUAAUCUCAUCCUGGCAGACUCUUCAAACUUGUCAGAGGUUCUGUGGCAGAGCUUUGAUCACCCCACGGAUACACUUUUCACUGGGGCUAAGCUUGGAUGGGACAAGCUCACCGGCCCGAACCGACGUAUUGUUUCGUCGAAGAACUUGAUCGACCCAGCCACCGGUGUCUAUCGUUAUCAGGUAGAUCCUAGUGGUGUCGACCAAUUAUUGCUUACACCAUUGAAUUCCACCAUAGCCUACUGGUCGACCGGUGUAUGGGAUGGCGAAUAUUUUGGCUCGGUUCCCGAGAUGGCAGCCAACAACCAUCUUUUCACUACAAUAUUUGUCGGAAAUGGCCACGAGAAGUACAUCACAACAACCGUACUCGACGAAAAUGUGGUUGCUCGUAAUGUGAUGGCUGUCUCAGGUCAAAUAAAGACAUUUAUUUGGACGAAGGGCUCACAGGACUGGGUAAUGAUCAAUGCCCAACCAAAAUCUCAAUGUGAUGUCUAUGCAGUUUGUGGACCUUUCGCAAUUUGCACUGAUAAUGUGACUCCACCUUGCACUUGCAUGGACGGCUUCAGCAUAACAUCCCCUGAGGACUGGGAGGUAGAAGAUCAAACCGGUGGUUGCUCCAGAAAUACUCCGUUAGACUGCAUUGGUACCAAAAGCACAGCACAAACCACAGAUAGGUUCAACUCUGUGCCAUGCGUUAAGUUGCCCCAAAAUGCCUCAAAGGUGGAAUCUGCUGCAAAUCAAAGUGAGUGCGCACAAGUUUGUCUGAGUUAUUUCUCCUGCACAGCAUAUUCAUUCAACGAUGACAAAUGUUCUAUCUGGCAUAAUGGAUUGCUCAACAUAAGAACACUACAAUGUAGUGGCACUACCGAUUCAACUGGAGAAACUCUUUACCUUCGUGUUUCUGGUACAGUUUUGAACAGAUUGAAUACUAACAGAAAGAAGAAUGUUAUUCGGGUAGCUACAGGUUUAAUUGCUUCUGCUCUAAUCUUAUUUGCACUCAUUCUCCUAGUAAUGGUUCGGAGAAACAAAAGGAAGAACUCUGAGCGAAUACUGAAUGGUGUUCAAGGUUGUAAUGGAAUUGUUGCAUUCAGAUAUACUGAUUUACUGCAUGCAACUAAUAAAUUCAAACAUAAGUUGGGUGGUGGCAGCUUUGGUUCUGUAUUCGAAGGGCUUAUAGAUGACUCAGUUGCCAUAGCAGUGAAAAGGCUUGACGGUGCUUAUCAAGGAGAGAAACAAUUCAGAGCAGAAGUGAGCUCGGUUGGAGCUAUCCAGCACAUUAAUUUAGUUAAGCUUGUUGGUUUCUGUUGUGAGGGUUCUAAGAGGUUGCUUGUUUACGAACUCAUGUCAAAUCGCUCUCUUGAUAUCCAUCUAUUUCAAUCCAAUUCUGCGAUGCUGAACUGGGCUGCUAGGUAUCAAAUAGCCCUGGGAGUUGCCAGAGGAUUAGCCUACUUGCAUGAGAGGUGUCGAGACUGUAUCAUACAUUGUGAUAUUAAGCCAGAAAACAUACUUCUUGAUGCUUCAUUCUUUCCCAAAGUUGCAGACUUUGGGAUGGCAAAGCUUCUGGGAAGGGAAUAUAGCCGAGUACUGACUACAAUGAGAGGAACUGCAGGGUACCUUGCACCUGAAUGGAUUAGUGGCGUUGCUGUCACACCAAAAGUUGAUGUUUAUAGUUACGGUAUGAUGCUGCUGGAAAUUAUUUCUGGAAGGAGGAACUCGUGCACACCAUGUACUAGUGGUCAUAGCCUUGAUGUUUAUUUCCCUGUGUAUGCGGCACAUAAGCUUCUUGAAGGAAAUGUUGGGAGUUUGGUGGAUCAUAUGCUCCAUGGUGAUGUUAAUCUGGAGGAGGUUGAACUGGCUUGUAAGGUUGCAUGUUGGUGUAUCCAAGAUAACGAGUAUGAUCGACCAACAAUGGGACAGGUCGUUCAGAUUCUCGAAGGGCUAGUUGAUGUCGCGAUGCCCCCAAUACCAAGACUGCUUGAACGAAUGGCUGGGAGCACGCAUUCAACACGAUGCUAAUGUUUUCA